AUGGAGAAGACGUACUCACUAACUGCCCACUAUGAUGAGUUCCAGGAAGUAAAACAUGGAGGUCGGUGCCAUGUGGGGCGAACCCGAGGAGGGACCUUGUCAAACGGUCGAAACAAAGAUCCAAGCAGCGCCAGCAGCAGUGGAGGGCUUCCUCGAUGGAGCCGGAGGGAGAUCUGUCUCCUCUCUGCACUGGUCUUUGCUGGAGGCAUGUGUGUUAUCUUGGGCAGCAUGCUGGCACUCAAGUACAUUUCCCUGGACGCCAUGCAGGACCCGCAGUGCCGACAAGACUGCCAACGCAAACGCUCCCUGCUGCGCACGGCUCGCUUCGUUCAGUCCAAUAUUGACCCAACCAUCCAGCCCUGCCAGGACUUCUACUCCUUUGCCUGUGGUGGUUGGUUGAGGCGCAACCUCAUCCCAGACGACAAGCUCAGCUAUGGCAUCAUCACAGCUAUAGGGGAGCACAACGAGGAGAAACUACAGCACCUCCUUCUGGAGCCAGUACGGAGGCGUGGGCCCAACUCGGCGGAGCGCAAGGUCAAGGAGUUCUACAGAUCUUGCGUCAACAUCCAGGAAAUCGACAAGCUCGGCUCUGACCCUAUGACAGAGGUGAUAGACAGCUGUGGGGGCUGGGACCUGGUGGGGGCUCCUCCGGGUGCUGCUGGGUGGGAGAGCGAAGGUGCACCACAGAGGCCGGACUUCGAUGAGCUAUUGUACAGGACACAGGGGGUGUACAGCACUGCCGUCUUUUUCUCCCUCACUGUCAAUGUGGAUGAUAAAAACUCCUCCAGGAACGCUAUCAGGGUUGAUCAGGAGGGGCUCACACUCCCGGAGAGAACCCUCUAUCUGGGAGAGGAUGAGGACAGUGUAAAGAUCCUGGCGGCGUACAAGGCCCUGAUGGAGCGCUUGCUGAGCAUGCUGGGAGCUCAAGAUUCCACGCAGAAGUCCAAGGAGAUUAUACAGCUGGAGACUCGUCUGGCUAAUAUAACUGUGUCCGAAUAUGAUGACCAAAGAAAGGACAUCAGCACCAUGUACAACCGCAUCACCCUGAGGGAGCUACAGCGCAUCGCUCCUAGUCUUCACUGGAAACGGCUGCUGGACAAAAUCUUCCUCGAAAACCUCUCGGAGGACGAAGAGAUCGUGGUGCUGGCUACUGACUACUUACAGAAAGUCUCUGACAUCAUCAACACCACUUCAAAGAGGGUUCUCCAUAACUACAUGCUGUGGCGCAUUGUGGUAGCGCUGAGCGAACACCUGUCCACCGCCUUCCGCAGCAUCAUCCACGAGUUCUCUCGGGAGAUUGACGGCACAGAGCAGCAGUUGGAGCUGGGCCGGCUCUGCCUCACACAGGCCAACAAACACUUUGGCAUGGCUCUAGGAGCCCUGUUCGUCCACCAGCACUUCUCCUCACACAGCAAGGCUAAGGUACAGGAGCUGGUGGAGGACAUCAAACACUCCCUGGACCUCCGUCUGCAAGAUCUGGACUGGAUGGAUGAGGCCACCAAGGAGGCUGCCAGAGCAAAGCUGAAGCACAUGAUGGUGAUGACAGGAUACCCAGACUUCCUGCUCAAACCUGAGCUCAUAGAUCAGGAAUAUGGGUUUGUCGUGGAUGAGAAGACCUACUUCAAGAACAUCCUCAACAGCAUCAAGUUCAACAUCAAGCUGUCGGUCAAGAAGAUCCACGAAGAGGUUGACAAGAACGCGUGGCUUCUCCCCCCCCAGGCCCUUAAUGCCUACUACCUCCCUAACAAGAACCAAAUGGUCUUUCCUGCUGGCAUCCUUCAGCCCACUCUCUACAACCCUGAGUUCCCACAGUCUCUCAACUACGGAGGAAUAGGAGCUAUCAUUGGUCAUGAGAUAACACAUGGAUAUGAUGACUGGGGGGGCCAGUACGACAGCCAUGGCAACCUCAAACAGUGGUGGACGGAGGACUCCUACAGGAAGUUCCAAAGGAAAGCUGAGUGUAUCGUCAAGCUCUACGAUAACUUCAGUGUUUAUAACCAGAGGGUGAAUGGUCGUCUGACACUGGGGGAGAACAUAGCAGACAUGGGCGGGCUAAAGCUGUCGUACUUUGCGUACCAGAAGUGGGUGAGGGAGCACGGUCCGGAGAGGCCACUGCCUGGACUCAAGUACACUCACGAGCAGCUGCUCUUCAUUGCCUUUGCACAGAACUGGUGUAUGAAGAGAAGAUCUCAGUCCAUUUACUUGCAGCUGCUGACUGACAAACACGCGCCAGAGCACUACAGAGUGAUCGGCAGCGUCUCCCAGUUUGAUGAGUUUGCCCGUGUGUUCCACUGUCCCAAGGGUUCCCCAAUGAAUCCUGUAGACAAAUGUUCCGUAUGGUGA